AUGCCUCGUGCGUGCGCGGCAAGCACCGCUGAGACGGUCGCCACUCCUGUUGUUGUCUCUCGCGCCUGCGUUGUGCAUCCAAUGUCCACCAGGCCGUAUAAACACCCAUCCCGCACCGCUACCCACCCGAGGGAACUGCAUACCCUCCUCUCCGCCCCUCUCUUUGCGCACCC